CAACGGCGGGCGGCUGCGGCGGCUCGGCCGGUCUGCGGCCCUGAGGGGAAGGGCAAGGGACACGGCGACGUGGAGGGAGAGCAGUAGCUCCAGAGAGCUGCUGGUUUAGAGUUCAGCUCUUGGGAGUGUGGAAACGGUGAAGGAUGCUUAGACUACUUAACAGUCAAACUACCCUCUGGUUAAUCAUCUUUAGAAGACUGGACUUCUGGAUGUCUACUCCAUCACUAUUGAAUUAGAACAUGAAACUGAUAACCCUGGCAAUCAUCUGAGCCGUAAUUACAUUGAUUCGCAGCGUUCGAAACUUGCUCAGGGAAGACGCGAUGGCAUCAGCAGUGGUUGGCGGCGGAGGCUCUGUUCUGGAGCUUUCCAGCAAUGGAGUAGAAAAUCAAGAGGGAGGGGACACGGUCCCUGAAUUUCCGGCAGUGAUUGUGGAGCCUGUCCCCAGUGCGAGGUUAGAGCAGGGCUACGCUGCCCAGGUGCUGGUGUAUGACGAUGAGACUUACAUGAUGCAGGAUGUGGCGGAAGAACAAGAAGUUGAGACGGAGAAUUCAGAAACAGUGGAAGCAUCAGUUCACAGCAGUAAUGCACACUGUACGGAUAAGACCAUUGAAGCUGCUGAAGCCCUGCUUCAUAUGGAGUCUCCUACCUGCUUGAGGGAUUCAAGAAGUCCCGAGUUUAUCCAUGCUGCGAUGAGGCCAGAUGUCAUUACGGAGACUGUAGUGGAGGUGUCAACAGAGGAGUCUGAACCAAUGGAUGCCUCGCCUAUCCCUACUUCACCAGACAGCCAUGAACCAAUGAAAAAGAAGAAAGUUGGCCGUAAACCAAAGACCCAGCAGUCACCAGUUUCCAAUGGGUCUCCUGAGUUAGGAAUCAAGAAGAAAGCCAGAGAAGGAAAAGGAAACACAACCUAUCUGUGGGAGUUUCUUUUAGAUCUGCUUCAAGAUAAAAAUACUUGUCCCAGGUAUAUUAAAUGGACUCAGAGAGAAAAGGGCAUAUUCAAGCUGGUGGACUCAAAGGCUGUCUCGAAGCUCUGGGGAAAGCAUAAGAACAAACCAGACAUGAACUAUGAAACUAUGGGGCGAGCUUUGAGAUACUACUACCAAAGGGGAAUUCUUGCAAAGGUUGAGGGAAAGAGGCUUGUAUUGAAAUUCAAGGACAUUUUGCAAAACAUUGUGGUCAUUGAUGAUGACGAAAGUUAGACUUGGCUUGAAGACUUGGUAGCAGCUGAUGAUAACAAGUCUUUAGAAGGAGUGUCACUAUCUGCAGAAAGUCUCCUGAAGGCAGCGACUGCCGUCCGAGGUGGGAAAAACUCAUCUCCUAUGAACUGCUCCAGAGCAGAGAAGGGUGUGACUAGAGUUGUGAACAUCACUUCCCCGGCUCACGAUGCUUCAUCCAGGUGUCCUACCACCACAGCACCCGUGUCAGCAGCAGCAGCUCCAAGGACAGUUCGUGUGGCAAUGCAAGUCCCUGUGGUAAUGACAUCACUGGGUCAAAAGAUUUCCACUGUGGCAGUUCAGUCAGUCAAUGCAGGCACACCAUUAAUAACCAGCACCAGUCCAGCUACAGCCAGCUCUCCAAAAGUUGUCAUCCAGACGGUCCCGACUGUGAUGCCAGCCUCCACUGAGAAUGGAGACAGAAUCACCAUGCAGCCUGCCAAGAUUAUCACCAUCCCCGCUACCCAGCUUGCACAGUGUCAACUGCAGACAAAGUCAAAUCUGACUGGGUCAGGAAGCAUUAGCCUUGUUGGAACCCCCCUGGCUGUGAGAGCACUCACCCCUGUUUCAAUAGCCCACGGUACACCUGUGAUGAGACUAUCUGUGCCCGCUCAGCAGGCUUCUGGCCAGACUCCUCCUCGAGUUAUCAGUGCGGUCAUAAAAGGGCCAGAGGUUAAAUCAGAAGCCAAAAAGCAGGAACACGAUGUGAAAACUUUGCAGCUGGUAGAAGAAAAGGGGGCAGACGGAAAUAAGACAGUAACCCAUGUAGUGGUUGUCAGUGCGCCCUCUGCUAUCGCCCUUCCUGUGACUAUGAAAACCGAAGGGCUGGUGACGUGUGAGAAAUAAGCAAGCUCCCGGGGACUUCAGACUGUUAGUGUUGUACUGACAGACAUUUGCAAGGGAAGUCAUCGACGAAAAGGCAGAGGAGGACUUUCAAACAACUGUGCAUAUAAGAAAACAAUCAGACUUACUGGGGAUAAAUUACCUAUCCUUGUUUCAGUGGAAAAUGAAAUACACUUGAGAUGCUGACAGAAAACUGCCUCUUAAAGUAAGAACAACUGAACCCUCAAUAAGAAAAAAGACUGAAAGGGACCAAGCAGCUCACUACAAUCUCCCGUUACACUAAGAGUUGGAACACUAACACCUGUAAGAGGUUACAUAGUUUUCAGAGGGGCGGGGUUGGGAUGGGUGAUGUCAUUGUUACAAAUAGCAUUUUUUUGAUGCAUUUUAUAUGCAUACCAGCAAUUAGCACUGGGCUCUCGCAGUGCUCACUUAACUGGUGCUAUGUGAAGACUCUGCUAAUACAGGUAUUCUAGAAUGUGAACUGAGUGAUCCAAAAGCUUCACAGAGAGAGAGGAUAGCAAGAUCUAGUGCGCUUUUGUUUGUUUGUUUUGUUUUAUUUUUGAUUUUGAAUAUAUAUAUAUCAUAGCUUAAGCUGUUUUAAAACAAAGGCCUUAGACUAAUUUUCAGUUUCCUUUCUUGAAAUAAGCUAAUGGCUUGUGUAAAGCUUUUUUAUUAAAAGAAAAAUUUUAAAAAUCUUGUACCUAGCACAGUAUUGUUAUAGAGUUUCCAUGUAACAUUUUCUAUGGUAGUUUAAGUCUGUCGGUUUCUUACUUGUGAAGAGAUUAACAGUUGGCUCUGGCCCUUGACUGUACCAUCCCUGCGCCGCUCAAGUCACCCUGCCGUCCGUCCGUCCGCAGACACACCGGUAUCAGUUCUUCUGUCAUUUGACAUUCAGGCUCGCAUGAACUCGCCAGGUAGCUCUGAUACCUGGUGUUUGUUUCCUUUCUCAUUCUUUUUCCUUUUCUCCCUUUUUUCUCUUUUUCUUUUUUAGUUGACAUUUAAGAGGGAAAGUACCAGUGUUCAGAUUUGAACUAUAAUAGUUUGUAUAUUCAACAUUUGAAGUAUAUUCUAUUUUGUUGUACUCUUGUUUCAAAGUGUAUUCAAGUAGGUUUUGAAAUAUAGAAGUGAAAUUUA